AGAAAUGCACAGGGCUGCCUCUCGGAUUGUUGGAUCAUCUAUGUUGCUGGAUCAUAUAUGUGUUGGAUCAUGUACAGAGUUGGAGUGUGACUCAUCAUGCGCUAUUCAGACGCGAUCAACAGUCAGAACUUCACAGUUUGUAACUUUGUUAAGAGAAGAGCAUUCGGGUUCUGUGAACUGUAUCUUUAAACAUCAUCUAUUCGGGAACUUUCGAAUAUAGUACCGUUGACAUAUAGGUGAUCGGCUCUUAAAUACUCACCUGAUCCUAGUGUGAUCAGUUAAGAAUUACUUGCAAUCGGGUGUGCGGGAUUCUGGUUGUCGCGUUCGAUUGCCCCCAUUUGUGUCGUUUAGUUAAUCCGUGAAACGUCCGUCGUGGUUUGUCGACCGACAGGUAUAAGGUGUAAUUGCAUCGAAUUAAAGCAUAAAGCCUAUCAUCUAUCCGUAACUUCCAGAAGUCACUACAAGACUACCAUGAAGCUGGACGUGUCCGAUGUCUUGUACGACAGCUCUAGUGUAUCCAGCGAUAGUGGAGCAUCACAGAGCUCUAGAGUCAGCAAUGAUUUUCUCUCCACUAUCGCUAAUUCCUCUACAACAAACAAUCUGGUAUCUUUGGACGGCCUGCAUAGUGGUGUGCCAACAAGAACAACCCCGACGCUUACUCCGACGACGCUACGGAGUAUUGAACAGACUUUUCUGGAGCUGACAAGCGAGUCAGCCUCACAUAGUAGGGAGGCAGGAUUUGUACCACCCCUAGUGGAACCGUCGCAACCUACGCCUGCCCAGACUCAAAACACGAUUCAUCACGACCACUUAGAAAAUCAUCACAGCCACAAUCAGCCUCAACAUCAUACAAGACGAAAUAUGGGGGGCAGAAGGCCUAAUAGAACUAUAGGUAUGUCUCCGGAAGAGGAGGAAAGACGACAAAUUCGCAGAGAAAGGAAUAAGAUGGCAGCGGCUCGAUGUCGGAAGAGAAGAAUGGACCACACUAAUGCCUUGCAGGAAGAAACUGAAGGCUUGGAACAGAAGAAGCAGAAUUUACAAGACGAGAUUAAUCAACUAAAACAAGCCAAGGACGAGUUAGAAUUCAUACUCGAAGCUCAUCGUGCUGUUUGUCGACUUAGAUCUACCUCACCGCCAGACGUUAAGCCAGUCAUAAAAUCUAACAUGGUUGAAGAAGAAUUCAUCCAGCCAGUAAAAUGUGAAUCUGUAUGUGAUUUAAGACCAAACAGACCAAAUUCGCUACCAGUUGGAUUUGACAAUAACAAUCGACCCAACUCUCUGCCAAUUUUUGUGGAACCGAAGGAGCGACCCGAACCUCUACAAUUCAAAACAGUGGAAACCCCGUCUUUCAUGAAGUCUACCACUGAGGUUGCUGGCAUUCCGAUCACCACUCCCUCCAGCGGAAUUCCUUUUAACUUCGAUUCUCUAAUGGAGGGUGGCACAGGUCUCACACCUGUUUCCACUCCACUGAUUCCAUCUUGCUCCACACAGCAGAGAAAUAACCUCUCUGCUGUUGACCUCAGCUCCCCAGAUGCAAAUCCUCCUAAACUCGUAAGUUUGUGACGCCAGGAUAUGGAGUACGGAUCUCCAGAGGACCCGUAAUCAAGUUGCUGAACGGUUUAUAGCAUAUUAUUUUUUUUAUACGUCACAAAUGUCACGUUGCCAUAAUUAUAUGUCCUGCGGAACCUAAUAAUAGGUAGCCGUGCGGUAUUUAACAUUUUACGGACAAGUUACAAUAUUUGUAGAAUAGCUUUUUCAAGAAAUUAAUUUUUACUAGUUGUUGAAAACGUCGGACCUAAGAUUAAUGCAUAAUGCCCUCGCUAUCAAUUUUAAACAUGUAGUGAACAAUAAAUCUAUAAAAGAUUAUAGGUUAUCCAUUUCUCGUUCACAGAAAAGUUCAGAGUGAUAAAUCUAUAAAAAAAUAAAGCAAAUUAAGCAGGUCACGUUAACUUUUUUUUCAGCUCGGCGUCUAAAUUGAUCAAGCCAAUGUUUUAAAACAUUUCUUUACAGAAUAAUUAAUUUUUUUAAACAUUAAAUUAAGGUAUGAGAAAGUACUUUAUUUACUGCAAUUAAAAAUCUUAGUUACAAAAAAAAACUAUUUUAAAAAGUUCGACGCUGAUCCGUCGUGUAACUUAAAAGAAACAGCAUAAAUUCAAUAAUUUCUUCAUCACAUUUCAGUUUUACAGGAUAUUUACUUAUAUUUAGUCUGUAAGAGCUUGUGCAUUUAUACUUCUCUUAGAAAUAAAAAAAAAGUUAUACCUGUGCUCCAGAACAAAUUCGCAUGGAAUCACAAAUUUGCUUCACAUUUACGGUUUCAUCUAUAACUUAUGGAGACAAAACUAUUGUAAUAUAACAUGAGCAUUUAUUGUCGAAAAUUCACAUUCAACGAAAAAACAUCCCGAGAGUGGAUAAAUUGUACGCACGCCCCGUCCAGCCCCCCCCCCUCUUUUUUGCAUUAUGGUACUUCCAACAGAGAAGUGUGCAAAUUCAAAAAAUCAAUGCACAAGAGUUUGUGUAUCAGUAUUACUAAUGGUGCAAAAGUGAAAGCAGUUUUAAGGCAUGUAAUGGUUUGCCAUAUGAGCAUUUUAUUUCCAACCAUUUUUUAUUUUUCAUAAAAAUAUUAGUGUCCAAACGUUCGCGUGAUUGUUCUUCAAGUCUAAAUGCUAUUAUUACUUUUUGUAAUUAAAAAUUGUGGAUAAAAAGUUAAGGGAACUAAAUUGCUCACAUGGUAAAGUUUUAUAUGCCCCUAAAAGCUUACAAAUACGUUCCACCUAGUGCGUUGACCACCAUUCGAAUAUAACCCAGUCAAGCGCUUCAUAACUUCGUUGAUUGAAAGAAGCCUUAAAAAGUUCCUUUGCAUGAUAAAGCACCCAGUCUACGCCAGCUUAAGUAAUUUCAUUAAAUUUGGGAAUUUUUUAAAACAAUUAUAGAAACAUUAGGCUGAAAAGAAAUGAAAAUCUCUAUCUAUGAUUAAUAUACACUUGCAAUAUUUGCCACGUGCUUUUUAUAUUUCGUAAAAUAAAUAUUAUAUGUUAGAGUACAACAAAAGUCCAGUAAUCAGCUGGCAUCGGAGCGUCAUCUUAGCUUACAUAGUGAUCACUAAUAGCGUGGAGUAAAAAAGCUGAAAUAAUCGAAUCGUUUGGACCGAGAGUCGGUUAAUAUCUUUCAAAGAUUUUUUAAUUUAAAAGUUCAAAUUUUUGAAAGUUCAGAAACUAUGUUCCUUUUGGUUCAAAAAUGAUGGCAAGUUUUCUUAUAUAUACAGUUUUUGCUUGUGAAAACUAAUAAAAAAUUGUAAAUUAAAGAAUUGUUAAUGCUAGAAUUUUUUUUAAUGCACAACAAAAUUUUUGUUCUCGAGUUAAAUACAUUUUUUUGAAGAAAAUUUUGAAUGUACUUAUUCUGAUAUUUCUACAUCUUUAAUCAAAGAAACAUGCUAUUGUUUAGCUCUAUGGAAGAAGAACUUUUAGGUUCGAUAUAUUCAUCGUUCUACAAAAAGGUUUGUAUUUAAUUCAAUCCAGCGAGGCCUGAAAAUAUCACUUGUGUUGAGAUAAGGCCAUUGCAUCCGAUUAUCGUACGAUUUAAAAUCAUUUUUCCUGAUCGAAGUUUAUGUGCUCAACGUUAGAGAUUAUUUUUCUUGGUCUGAGUGUGCAUGCACGGCAAUAUAAUUAUUUUUAUUUUCCCAUUCACGUGGCAAUGACUGAGUGUUUUACCUUCUCCUUGCUAAACUUUUGGGCAAAGAUGAGUUCCUCUGGUUUGGGUAAACUGAGAUUCUUCAAAAAUUUCAAAUAGGUAUCAUAUCUAUAACACAAUUGGUAAAAUGUUUAAAGUUAUCAUAUUUUAAAACAGUUAAGUCCAUUGAAAGUGGAAAAAUUUCUCAUUUGCUAAUCCUCUUUCUUGAAGAGAAAAAGAAGUGAAAAUAUGACCAAUAUCUCCGAAAUCAAUCAACAUUUUUGAAAUCUCCAUGAUCCAGUUUAAGGUAGUUCUCGCGAAAUAUCACCUAUUAUGCAGCAAUCUUGUAAUUUUUAAGUGGACGUUGAUACUGUGAGGGUGUAAUUUGACGAGAUUCGUAUUGGUUUUUAGACAAUGUAAUACAUUUUUUUUAGUAAUUGCACUAGAAAUAUGACACAUGUUGGAAAUUUUUGAAAAAUAUCAAUGUGCUCAAAUUUUCAUCGGGGAGUGUAUGGUUUCUUCUAUGUAUAUUCUCCAUGGUACCAUCAUCCAUAACUGGAACCAGGUGACAUGCCCACAGUUUGGUCUCAUUAUUCCUUCGUGGAAUUUUGAUAAGCGAUUCUGGUAUUUUUGUACAUUUUUCCGUCCACCUUAUUUUGCAUAUUUUGCUCAUAUUCAGGUAUAUUUAUGUAUAUCCUUAGUAGAAAUAUUUAAGAGUGCAAGUGAUUUGUACCUUAAAAUUUGAGAAAUUGUAUGUCUGUAAUUAGCUAAGGGAUCAGGAAACGACGUUUUUUCUAUUAGCAAUGAUGCGAGGUGCAGACGGAAAAGAUCUCGUAGUAUGCAAAUGAUAAUGUGUAUUUAAUUUUCCGAUGAUUACAAGCAAACGAUCGAUAAUGUAAGGGGCUGUACUUUCAAAUUACUUAACGCAUUUUUCUUUCAUUUACAUCGUUGUAUCUCUUUUGGCUUGAGGCAAUUUUACCCUGAUCUUUAUUUAAACAAAAGAAAAACGCGUCACGUAAUUUAAUUAUAGUCCCUAAGAUGAGAUAAUUCUAUCAGAAAUUAAUUUUUAUAUUAUUAAUUGUACACGAGACAAGUUAGAUUUUAAGGAAACAAUUUAGCUCAACAUUAAUCGUUAGAUUUAAGGAAUUUAACUUUAAAGAUGUGAUUAUGAAACUCAAAUAUCCUUACUUUAAAUUAGACCCAAAUACAGUAAAAGACAAACCAGCGAGAUGCGAAUACGAAAUUUAAAUCGAAUUUAUGACAGACUUGACAUUCUUCUUGUUAAGAAAAGUUUUCCGCUCAAGCUUCAAUCAUUACCCAUGUAUAACACUUUAAUCCCUCUAUAUAUAAGUAUAAUAUAUUUUAUAAGAUUCUUACAUUUUCGCAUGACCUUGAACAAUAUUAAUAUAUUUAAUAUUUAUAAAUGUGACUGUGGUCAUUACAGGGAAAUCAGAGUAUCUCUUGCAUGAAGCGCUGGCAAUCUCUAUUAACGUUAGUUUCGCCUAAACCACUUUAGUCGUAGGAUUACUCGAGGAGGUUGCUUUCAAAAUUGUAAUACUUUGAUUAUCCAAUAUAUUUUUUUGCUUACGUCGAGAUGUCAAUAAAAGUCCGUAGAACAGUCAAA